AUGCCUUCCGCAAGAUCUCAAGCCAACAAAAAGAGGAAAUUAUCUGCAACAAAAAAUUUAAACCAAAAAACCACGAACAGUACAUAUGAUGAUCAUAAUAAUGGACCAUUCUGUCCAGAUAUUAUUUUCGAAAUGCUUACUUUUCUUGAUUCAAAAUUUAUCCUUCGGGUCUGUAUGAAAAUUUCAAAACAGUGGAGAGAAAUUUCGUUGAAAAUUCCUUUGCACUGGAUGUUCCUCGGAUUAGGAAUUAUUACCCACUUAGAGAACAAUGAGUGCAUGAAGAAUUUAACGUCCGUAAAGUUAAAAUGUUUAAAUAACAAUCAAGAUCUCAAAUUUCUUAGCAGCGAAAUAUUUCAAAAUUUAGCGUCUCUAGAUUUACGACACAACAAGAUGAACAACGAAGAUCUUCAUUAUAUUUCUAACACUGAGAGUUUGCAUAAUUUGACUUGUUUGAGGUUAGGAUAUAACAACAUUGACUGUGAAGGUGUUAAAUGUCUUUCCAACAGUAACCACUUGAAGAAUUUAACUUCAUUAGAAUUGUUAAAAAAUAAUAUUGGUCAUUGUGGUGCGCAAGCUAUUUCCAAUAGCGAAAAUUUGAAGAGACUGACUUCUUUAGAUAUGAGUUUCAACAAAAUUGGCUGUGAGGGUGCUAAAUUCGUUGCUAACAGCGAAAAUUUGCAAAAUUUAACAUUACUAAAUUUGAGUGUAAACAACAUUUGUAAUGAUGGUGCGAAAUUCAUCUCCAAUAGCGAACAUUUGAAAAAGCUUACCUCAUUGAGCAUGAAUAGAAAUAUUAUUUACAGUGAAGGCGUGAAAUUCAUUUCUAGCAGCGCAUCUUUGUCCAAUUUGACUUCACUUAGUUUGAUUUCCAACAACGUUGGUAGAGAAGGUGCCACAUAUCUAGCCAAUGCUGAAUACUUGAAAAAUUUAAGGUCCUUGUAUUUAAGCCACAACAACAUUAGCUGUGAAGGUGCCAAAUUCAUUUCAAAUAGUGAAUAUUUGAAGAGUUUGACAUCAUUAGACCUUUGUAACAACAAUGUUGGUUUUGAAGGCGCCCUUGCUAUUGCCACCGGUAACAAUUUUCAGAAUUUAACCUUAUUGGAUUUGAAUUUUAAUGAUAUUGGCAUGGAAGGUGCCCUCUCUAUUGCUACUAGCCAAAAGAUGAGAAGGUUGAAAGAAUUUCGACAUGAUUACCGAGGACAGAAUGGACUCUGA